GUCCAUUCGACCGGUGACUUAUCCCGAAGGGUUUCACGAGUAGACAAAAGCCACACAGGUCAGCCAGACUGCGAGGAGCCCAACGGCCGCGGCGACCUUAUGUCUACCUUUUUUAGCCCCUCCACCCCGCGGUCAAUUAUCACCGUACCUGUAAACACCCCGCGUCUAUUAUUUUCGAAAUUUCUCUAAGAAUCGCAUUCGAUUCCACUGCCAGUAUAGUGAUACCGUACAUAGAGGAAUGAGCUAGACACCACAUCUAGUGUAAACUCGAGCAAAUCCAAAAAACAGUUAAGUGUUCAUACAGCGCACUCGUCCAGAAGGCAUCACACAAGUUAUGUGUCAGAAAGAAUUAUUAAAAAUGAAGACCAAGAGGAAAUGUUACAGAAAAUCUGCGAUCCCGGUUCCACAAGAAAUGAGAGAGCGGAGUAGAAAUGCCGCCAGGACGCGUAGGGAGAACGAGAACGCAGAAUUUUUGGAAUUGGCAAAACUUUUACCGUUGCCGUCGGCCAUCACCAGCCAACUGGAUAAAGCUUCCGUUAUUCGGUUGACCACUAGCUAUUUGAAAAUGAGACAUGUUUUUCCUGAUGGACUGGGAGACGCAUGGGGUGCAGCAACUCCGCUUAAUCACGUGAAAGAAGCUUGUAUCAAAGAACUAGGAUCACAUUUAUUACAGAGCCUUGACGGUUUUAUAUUUGUCGUGGGCGGUGACGGAAAAAUCAUGUACAUAUCCGAAACCGCAUCGGUUCACUUAGGUCUUUCACAGGUGGAAUUGACUGGCAACAGUAUAUUCGAAUACAUCCAUCAAGCUGAUCACGACGAAAUGAUAUCUGUGCUUAGUCCACAUCACUUACCGCCAAAUUUAAUGCCCACUGACAAUAUGAUGCUGAAUUUUGAAGUAGAACGUGCGUUUUUUCUAAGAAUGAAAUGUGUGUUGGCCAAGAGGAAUGCGGGACUUACUACUGGUGGUUAUAAGGUGAUCCAUUGCUCGGGAUACUUGAAGAUUAGACAAUUUCCGGGUUUGGAGACUGUCGGUCUGGUCGCGGUUGGUCACUCGCUUCCGCCACACGCCAUCACCGAAAUCAAAUUACACUCUAAUAUGUUCAUGUUCAGAGCUAGUUUGGACUUGAAACUCAUCUUCUUAGAUGCCAGAGUAUCUCAACUGACGGGCUACGAACCACAAGACUUAAUUGAGAAAACACUUUAUCACUACAUACACGGCUGUGACAUCAUGCACAUGAGAUUUUCACAUCACACUCUGUUAUUAAAAGGUCAAGUUACUACAAAAUACUACAGACUGUUGGCCAGAGACGGUGGUUGGGUUUGGGUACAGAGUUAUGCCACGAUAGUCCACAACAGUCGGUCAUCCAGACCGCAUUGUAUAGUCAGCGUCAAUUAUGUAUUGAGCGAGUCCGAAGUAAAAGACGUCCGUCUGUCGGUACACAAUAGUAACGUAGCAAUUCAAAACGGAAACGAAGAAACCGCUGCGAUCCAAAAUAAACCAAAAACACCUCAAAGUCACAGGCAACCGAGUCACAACCACAGAUACCACAGACCUCCAGUGGUAACUGACGAAGAAUACAGUGACUCGAGCGGUGGACUUUACAACGACUACGUCAAUACCACUGCCGAAUCACAUGUACUGCAAUCCAACGGUCUCAACGUUAUGCCCAACAUGUAUACAAAUGAAGAGUACAUUUAUCCGGACUUGUUUUAUCCAUACGACCAGACGUGUUCGCGGCCGUACAGUUCCGGUUCCAGUUGCUCGAGCUCUAACGAGAGCAGUGAUCGGGGGCUGCUUGGUCACCAGAGCGGUGGUGGUGGCGGCGGCGGCGGAGGGUACACGCCACCCUCGAUGCUCAUGGGACACGACGACCAACACGCAGCGUAUCAAACGCUAACACCCGUCGGCGCAGCUUUGUCUGCUCCCGCCCAUCACGGCGUAAUUGUGGACUCCCAACACUACGCGGUCAACGAAUACGUCCACUAACCGUACCGUCUGGGGGUAGUUUAUAACGCCAUCACUUUGUUGAGCGUUAACAAAGAAAUAUUAAUUGUUUACACUUUAUAACCGUCCGAUUUGAGGGAAACUUGCAGUUUCCUCAAACGUUUUUUUUUCUUGACUACACUUUCCUUUCGCGCUGAAGUCUAAGCGCACCACGUUCAACUGUUUACGGGCAAACAGUUCCGUUACUUAUUUCCACCGGUUUUGGUUAAAAAAUUACUUUACAAUUUUACAUGUUACCCAAAAACAAUUAUGAGAUAUGCUUUACGUAAAAAAAAAAAAAAAAAAUUUACUAUCUAUUAAUUGAUAUAGUGAAAUAAAUUUGUUUUUAUGUAAAUGUGUUGUAGCAUUAAUGCGUAUUUGUUAUUUAGACUGAAACACUAAGUGUAAUUAUAUUAUUUAUUCGGAUGUACAUCAUAUAUUUAUUUAAAUUUACAAUAAAAUUUAUUAGCUCUAAUAAACAUAUAAACAUCAUAUAUUUAAUACUAUGUAAGAAUGAUAUUAUUUUUACUACGUAGCCUAGCGGCAAAAUAUU